ACUCUCCUCAAGCAUCCUACUAAAUGAGCUGUCCUGUGAAUGUAUACAAAAUGACUGACAGACAGAGUGCACCUUAAAGCACUCACUGUAACAAUUCUGACCACAGCCUGCUGUACUGUAGCUAUGACAGUUGUUAUAUUUUAGGAUGCAUAAUCCAGCAAUCUCUGUCAAGUAAAAGGGAUAUUUUUGAAUGCUGUCAUUAAGAACAUGUAAACAUCUGAUGGUUAGAACCUUAUUCUGGUUUCCUUGGUAACACUAAACAAUAAUUUAAAAAGUAACAGAAAUGAAUACUGUUGCUUUUGUCUAAUGAUAUGCAAAAGUUGAUGGAGAUGUUGUGAAGGACAAUAAAGGUAAGAGUAUAGUUGUAUUGCAGCUAUUAUGUAUUUAGAUCCAAGUUUGCUUUGUUGUGGCCUGCAUUAAGAGGUUACGCCUCCAAGCUUUUUGAAAAUGACUGUUGAGACUAUUAUGUAUAAUUUAACUCCUAAUGGAGAAGCAUUCUGUACAUUCAUGCCCCAUUUUUCUUCUCUUUCCGCCUCUCUUCUGCCACUUUAUUAAAUGGAUGACUUAUUCUUUUCAUUUGUUAUGCACUGUAUCCAUUUGAAAUCUUAUUGUACUUCUGCAUUUCUUUCCAAAUUUCCCUGGAGUUAGAAUAAUUUACACCAUUUGUGUCUAAUUUGACGUUUUCAUAUACUCCAGUUGCAGUGGCAUUUGUUUCUUAAACACUUGAAUAACACAAACAAUUACCUCAAUGGCAACAUGAUUUCAUAUGAUUUAUUUAUGGCAAAUUGCCUUUACCCGUCUCAGCUGUUUGUUUCUCCUCUCAAACUACAGCUUGACAUCUUUCUAGAGAAAGACAGUCAUCUUUCAUAGGAUCCAUGUGAAAUAACCAGCCACUGAAACUGCCAUUACGGACACUGAUGCCAGACGAUCUACAAGGGAAGGUUAUUUGUCAAUGUCUGUUAGUGUUCAAGGACAACAAUAAACCAUAAAGUUUAUUUGAAAACGGUUGAGGUCAGAAGAGCCUUGCAAACUCUGCACAGUUGCCGUCCAAAACCAUGGAGAAACCUGGUGUUAAGCCCAGCUGCUCUAAGAUCCUCCCAAAGCUAUGCACUGUCAACCUCAGGUUCUGCACUGGGAUCAACCACCUUUCCAAAGACCUUCAAAGUUUGGGACGAAACGCUUGUUUUAUCCAAACUGUAACAGCGACGAACAAGGUUUGUGGGAUUACAAGGUACAAGUGUUCAGGCUGUCUGUGCUACUACAGUGAACUUGAGCAGCUGAUGACACACAUAGAGCAGGGCUGGAGAGAAGGCUACAGCUGUAGAGCAUUCUACCGUAAGCUGAAGGACAUGAAGGACUGCAGGGAGUUACUGACUGUACAUGAAGAAGAAGAAGCUGCAGCUUCUGAAAGCGACCCUCAGCUCUGUGGCUCCUUGGCUCUGAGGCAGAGCAAUAGAGAUGUGAAGCUGGACAUGGUCGUCAAGUGGCUGCAGGAGUGCCUGUCAAGUUGCUGGCAAUGAUUCAAUUAAAACAGUUAUGGCUGCAUUUGUUUUGAUUUUAGAUUUUCAGAAGAGGGUCCUGCUUUUUUCAAUACAAUGACAGUGCAUGGGGACAGCGGCUGUGAAGCUCCAAAAAGAACCGUAAAAGUAUCAUAAAAUUGGUCCAUAUGACUUGGGCAUUAUAUACUAGAUCUUCUGAAAUCAUUCAAUAGCUUUAUGGGAGGAAGAGACUGAAAUUUGUCGUUAUUCAGUGAUUCUUCUCCUUGUUUGUACUUUCUUGAAUCCAAAUAUGGCUGAUUAAUAUCUGACGUGCCAAGUUUGAUGUAAAGGUAAGUUAUUGGACAU